AUGCUGCAGCUGCUCACCUUCCUGGUGGAGAAACUUUCUCUCCUGUGCAACUUCAAACUGUUCGAGUCCAGCAGCUGAACGGACGGUGGACGACAGGGCGCGGGGCGCACCGCGCUGGAGGUCCGCAGGACUCUGUUCACGCACUUCGGCAUUUACCUGGGGGGUAAUCAAGUGGCGCACCUGAUCCCUGACAUCCUGCCAGCGCUGACGAGCGACGAGAAGCGGAUCGGUUCCGUCAUCACCAACAAGAGGCUCAUCCUCGGCUGCAUGUGCAGGUGCGCCACGGUGCGCGUGGACAACGUGGAGGAUUUCGCUUAUGGUGCCGAAAUACUCGUGAAUGAAAUGGACACAAUGAGCAAGACGCAAGCUCUUCUGAACGAAGACGUGGCCAAAAGAGCAGAAAAGCUGCUGGGCUCCAUCCCGUACAGUUUGCUGUGGAACAACUGCGAGCACUUUGCGACUUUCUGCAGAUACGAACGUGCAAGCAGCCGCCAAACACAACAGUUCUGCGAGUGUGUGAAAUCGAUCAUCAGAGACCAGAGGAGCAUCAUUGCAUCAGGUCUUCAUGGGAUCAUCUCCAUUGUUUGCUUUGGUAUGGCUCCUUCAACUACAUUACCCACAAUUCUGAUCCCUUUCACCCUGUGGAUGGCGGGUUAAGGAGUCUCCUCUUCACACUGUGAACAGAACUCUUAUUUGAGAAACUCAUUGUGUGUUGCCUUAUAAAAGUGCUUUGUUUCAAGCACAUUUUCAGUUGUUUAACUUAAGAUUUCUAAAUGUUUUCUGGUGUGACAUGCAACAACAAUUUAUUGUAUUAUUUUAAUUGAAGAAUAUCUUAACAACCAUGCUGUGAAUUUAAACACAUUUUGGCUCUUGUAAAUAUGGAAAAUGUUGAAUAAACAUUUUAUAUGUAUGUGA